GACUGUCAAGUGAUUCGAGUAUUUUGUGAAAAUUUAUAAACGAAGAGAGAUUCCUACAAAAUAAAUGCUAAUACUUAUCCAAAUCAAAUAUUUGUAAGACUAAUCGUAGGAUAGGAUAUCAAUAUCUAAUAAACUUAAUUUUAGGGUAUAAUGGGAUCGGAGCAAUCUUCAGUACCACCAAAGAAACAAACGCAAAGAGCGCCUCCCGUCCGAAGGGGGCACACUAUUGCAGUUACUAAUAUACCUGAACCAUCGAGAGUUGGGGAGCCGACAGUCAGUGGUAAUAACUCGCCUGGCACCAGUGUAUGUUCAGAUUCUGAACUACCCUACAUAUCGUACACUGUGGACCGGCCAAUAGGAGAUUCGCCAAAAGCUUCGGCGAAGAAUCAACGUGGUACUGACAGCAAGAAGUCUUUGCUCCAACGACGCCAGUUGAGUCUACAAGCGAGGAAAAGCAAGCGAACCAGGGAUAUAGUAGUAGUCAAACAGCCGACUGAUGAACAACUUGAUGAAGAUAUACAAAGAUUGCAGGAAAUUCCAACAUUUCUUCCAAUCAUGAGAGGGACUCUUGGGCUGCCGGGAGCUCGUGACCCUGAGGUUCUAGAAGGUUUGGACUACAGGCCUUGGGUUCGGCUGACGACCCGGCUUCAGGCGCACCUAGCCGCUUGCGCUCACCCUUUAGCGGCCGAUGAAAUAAGCAUAGCUAUGAAAAUUAAAGAGGCGGACCUGGAGGUGUCCCGCCUGCACGCGGCGAUGGUGGAGCGUCAGCGCGCCAACGCGCGGCACGCGGAGCGGCUCGCGCGCGCGCACGACGUGUCGCACCAGCUCACGCGCUGCUACUCGCUGCUGCAGCAGACCCUCUUAGACGCAGAAGAAUUGAAUGCUCUACUACCAGAAGAUAAGCGUUUGGAGCCCUUUGUGUGGAACACGGAAUGAUUGUAAAUUGACAUUUAGAAAGUUAUUAAACAAAGCUAUUGUUAUAAAU